AUGCUGAGUACACUGGAAAGCAUUCUCCUUUCUGUUGCCACUGGUGAAGCUAUGCUGGGAGUUUUAGGCAACACAUUUAUUGUACUUGUAAACUGCACAGAUUGGGUCAGGAGUAAGAAACUCUCUAAGAUUGGCUUUAUUCUCACUGGCUUGGCAGUUACCAGAAUUUUUACCACAUGGAUAAUGACUUUAGAUGUAUAUGCAAAGCUUUUCUUUCUGUCUGUACUUAUGUCUAACAAUCUACAUGAAUGCAUGAGUUACAUAUGGGUGAUUAUUAACCACCUGAGCAUCUGGUUUGCCACCAGCCUGAGCAUCUUUUAUCUCCUGAAGAUAACAAAUUUUUCCCACUACAUAUUUCUAUGGUUGAAGAGAAGAGCUGAUAAAGUUUUUGUCUUUCUUAUUGGAUACUUAAUUAUAACAUGGCUGGUUUCUUUCCCAUUAAUUGUGAAAGUGAUUAAAGAUAUUAAAAUACAUCAGCGCAACACAUCCUGGUUGAUCCAGCUGGAGCAGAGUGAGUUACUUAUAAACUAUGUUUUUGCCAAUAUGGGGCCCAUUUCUCUCUUUAUGGUGGCCCUAAUUGCUUGUUUCCUAUUAAUCAUUUCCCUUUGGAGACACAGCAGGCAGAUGCAGUCCAUUGGAUCAGGAUUCAGAGAUCUCAACACAGAUAUUCAUGUGAAAGCCAUGAAAGUUUUAAUUUCAUUUAUCAUCCUCUUUGUCUUAUAUUUUUUGGGUGUUCUUAUAGAAACAUUAUGCUUGUUUCUCAAAGAAAAUAAACUUCUCUUCAUUUUUGGCUUCACUUUGUCAGCCAUGUAUCCCUGUUGUCAUUCCUUUAUCCUAAUUCUAACAAGCAGGGAGCUGAAGCAAGCCUCUAUGAGGAUACUGCAAAGAUUAAAAUGCUGUGAGACUUGA